AUGCGUUCCUCUACAGUCAUCGCCUUCUUCGCAGGCUCAGCUGCCGCACAGUCGACCGCAGUAGUCUUGAACCCGCUGAUGCCCGCAUCCACUCUCACUGUGAUCGGAUCCAGCUCAGGCACGACCACCUAUGUUAACUCAUGUUCUGAUGGAGGUAUUCCUGCUUCCUAUCUCACUCCCGGUACCCUCGUCACGACACCCAUCUCUGCACCAUCGACCACCGCGGCCGCACGUCUCCGCCGUCAGGAGGACGGCUUGUUUGGUGGUUUCUGCGAACCCAUCACCAUCAAGCAGGGCUCUUCGUCGGUCGAAAUCCACUUGGAGGACCCCACAAAGGGUGCUUGGACCGCCGACAUGAACUGCGCCUGGAAGGGUGAACUCACGUCCGCCGACCUGACUUGUACCGCUACCCAAAGCGGCUCUUUCGCCAAGCUUAACGAUGCUGAGGGCAUUACAUCUGACGUCCUCAAGGCAAGCGAGGUUGCUGAAGCCUCAGCGAUCCAGACUGUCAGCGUGGUUCAGUCUGCCUCCAAUUCAGCAUCCGCAACGGCAUCUGGGUCUCAGUCUGGCUCCGCCAACGCUACGGCCUCCGGAUCUGGCGCCCCUGUGGCCACUGGUGCUGCGGCUGGAGCUCCUCUCUCCAAGGGCGUGAUGGCUUUCGUCGGUGGUGUUGCUGCACUAGCUGGGUGA